AUGAACCAAAUACCCGAGAUUCUGUAUGGCAAGACCGGACAGAAGACUUGGUGUAUCGUUGGUGCGUCAAGAGGUAUAGGUCUGGAGUUUGUACGACAAUUGAUCGCUCGCGAGGACCGCAUCCUUGCUACUGUCCGCGACACCGCCGCCGUUCAUGCAUCUGGGCUUUGGGCGCAAGCGGGAGGUGAUCAUGGUCGCUGUCAAAUGUUGAUUUGCGACGUUCUUUCAGAACAAUCAAUAAAUAGUUUCGUUUCUCAGCUCGCCGCAAUACAAAACCUGAAGUUGGACUAUGUUGUUAUCAAUGCGGGUGUGUUGAGAUACCCGAAUGUAAGUUGUUGCAUUUCUUUCGAUGAGUUUGCUUUCCACUUGCACACCAACACGAUUGGGCCAAUCAUUACCGCCCAAAGACUUCUCCAGACCAUGAUACCUAUCGGCACCAUCGUCUUCAUGUCCAGUGACUCUGGUUCGGCACAGCGGUUUCUAGAGAUGGAGGAUGGGUUCGCGGCUUACUCAGCAUCCAAAGCUGCAUUGAAUCAGGCAAUGCGACAUAUGGCUGCCGAGCUCAAGCGCAAAGACGAUGAUACCAUUCUGAUUGCAAUCCAUCCUGGAGAGGUUGCCACGGAUAUGGCAAACAUUGAUCUCGGCUGGGAAGUUGACGGCAUCAUGACACCGCAGGAAUCAGUAUCGGCGAUGAUCAAAGUCAUUGAGAGCAAAGGAAUACAGCAUAGCGGAACAUUUUGGACCUGGGAGAACAAGCAAUAUCCUUGGUAG